UGCCAGAAAUAUCAAUCAGAGGAUCUGGCAUGUUAAUCUAUGUAACUGUGGUUUAACAGCAGCAUCACAUCAGUUUGAGACUGCAGGUGGAACAAAUACCUGCAGCCUUCAGACGUCUACAGAGACCUGCAACUAUCAAGAAGUAACCUUCACUUUAGCUUUCUAACUGUUGUGGAUUACAGAACUGAACACAUUUUGAGUCUCAGCCAUGUGGACACAAGAGAUAAACUUCUUCUAUUUGGCCAUCGUCUCUUGUCUGUCUGCAUCUUCAGCUGCUGAAGAUGUGCCAGUCAGAUUAUCUGGAAGCACUUUGUGCUCUGGAAGAGUCGAAAUCUUUUACAACUACACUUGGGGAACAGUCUGUGAUGAUAACUGGGACAUGAAUGAUACUGAGGUGGUUUGCAGAGAGUUGGGCUGUGGAACGGCACAGAGUGCUGCUGUAUCAGCCAGCUUUGGUGAGGGAAGUGGAUCCAUCUGGCUUGAUGAUGUGUCCUGUUCAGGAAGUGAGAGCUCUCUGACUGAGUGUCAGCACAGAGGAUUUGGGACACAUAACUGUACACACAGUCAGGAUGCUGGUGUUGUCUGCUCAGUGAUCCUCCCAAAGCCCAGAAUCUUCAUGAUUCCUGCUGGUAAAGUUGACCGGAGAAGCGACGUCAGCAUCACUUGUUCAAUAUCACCUCAAAGCCAACAGCUUCUACAAGGAGAAUUUACUCUGAAGCAGAUUUCAGGCUCAUUCAGUCAGAAAAAACCAUCAACUACCAACUCUGCUACAUUCAAGAUCCUCCAAGUAGAUUUUGACAAGGAUGGAUUGUACCAGUGUGAAUAUUCAUACGGCUCCAGCAUCUCCACAAGUGACUCUGUCAACGUCUCUGUUACUGUGUACCUGCAGCAGCCCAGCAUCUCUGUGACAUCUCCAAAUGGAGGACUGGUCAGGGUUUCUGAAGGUGCAGAGAUCAUCAAGGGUUACAGCUUCGUCUUCACCUGCACAAAUAAUGAAAACUAUCCUGGUGGAGUUUUCAAUCUCAUCUUCUAUGGCUCCAAUAUGAAACGCACCAAACACACCAAGCCAUCUGUCAACAACUCAGCCUCCUUUAGUUUCCCUGUAGCUGACUUUGGACAUGAGGGCGAGUACAGCUGUGUGUAUGAGAUAACUCUGUCAGCAGGAACAUUCACUUCUCCUGAAUAUCGGCAGAUUUAUGUUUCUGUGAUAUAUUCAAGAACUCCAAUCCUGAGAUAUGUUUUCCUGCCACUGAUUCUGCUUUUGGAGAACAUUGCCCUUCAUUUCUACUAUAAGGUCAUCAAAAAGCAGAAAUCAGACAAAAAGGAGAACGAUGAGAUGGAUGUUUCCAGAGAUGAAGAAGUGGAGGCCGAGGAGGAAGCAGUCCAAGAAAUAGAAUAGAAACAGAAAAAAACACACAAGUCUAAAGUUUUCUGGGAAUUUGUAUUAAAGUUGUUUAAAUAUUGUUUAAUUAUGUUUAUGUUUUAAAUGUCUGACAAAUUACUGCAGCGGCUCUAUUUAACCUGCCUUUACUGUCCAGUAUAAACUCUUAAUAGCAUGACUGUGACUUAAGUUUGAAAAUAAUCCUUCAUCCUCUCCAGUCCUCACUUUCUUACAUCUUCCUCCAUCUCUGCCAGUGAAGUUUUCACACAUUAAGUUUUUUACUUCUCACUAAACUGUAUCUUUGGCUAACAGACAGAAUGUGUGUCAAUCUGCACAUAAACAUGUUUUUAUGUUUGGUGAUAUUUUUGAACUCUUUGAAUUCAUCUGACAUUUA